GUGUCUCCGAAGUCGCUGAGCCAGAAUGAGCAAGCGGUUUUGUCAGGGCUCGAUGAGUGCAAAAUCGCUCUCUCUGAAACUGGUGAAAAGAAGAACAUCUACAAAAUCAACAGUCUUCCAAAUGUCAGCGAUUUUUUUCAUUCCGAGAGUACUCUGCUGUGCUACCGUAAUUUGCUUCGGUUAUUACAGUAUGUGCUAGUUCGCUGUGCUCACGGGGAUCGAUGCGAUAAAGGCAUUCUCUGCUAUUUGCGAUUUGUUGGGCUGGAGAAUGCAUUUGUUCAACACGGAAUCGGACCAAUGGAUUAUGUAGCACAUCGAUGCAAAACGUUUCCCUAUGCCUGGAUCGUGAAACGAGUGCCUUUAUCAUCGGAGCGUUACAGCGCCCCAAUGAUUACCGCCACUAAAAAGGUUGGGACGAAAAAAUAUGUGACGACCAACGAUACUCAUUUAUUAACUCGCCUCCCUAAGGUGAGCGGAUUUUGCGCUAAAAUGGAUAUCUUGGACGAAAUCAAGCGCCAGUGUGAUUUAAUUUUUCGCAUUCUCGAGAAGUUUGCUUUGAAUCAGUGCGCGAAGCUCGAGCAGCUCCGAAUUAAGUUUGGUGUUAACGACGAAACCGUUGGGCAUCUCAUGGCAUAUUUAUUGGAGUUGCAUCCGCAAAUACCAAAAACAGCUGAUUGCUCCGACAUCUUACAGGCUCAUGCAUUUAAUCGUUUGUUACUCACCGAAGCGCUAAGCAAUGAAAUUUGUUUCAUGGCUUCAGAGAAGAACAAACAAGACGUUGAGCCAAAAUUAUCAGUGCAGCUCCAAGAUCUAACAUUUAAUGACAGUCCACAAACGAAUAAGCGUUUGGUAGUCUUGCUGGAUUCAGAAUCAAAUUCCAGCAUGUCAAAAGAUGCAUGCGAAGUUGCGGAUGAGUUCGGUAUUCAAGUAGAGUGGAGGAGGAUAUCCAUGUGCUAUGCUUUCGAGCUGCUCCUUGAAAUUAUUUCCGAAUAUGAUCAGGAGGGCAUGGCGACGAUUUUUGUUGCAUAUGACGAGGGGAAGCAUGCACUGGCAAAAGGCGUAGCGAGCAGAACUGCUGCUCCUGUGAUUAGUGUGCUCAACAGCGAAGGCGAAUUUCCCGGUGUAUACCGUCUGAAAAAUGAUUUGUCCGGUUCGAACUAUUAUCAUUUGAGAGUGUAG